GCUAACUUGAAGGUUCAAAGAACGUGAAAUCAUGGGCUCAAAAUCGAGGACAUUUGAUUGUCUGUAUGAUGUGAAGUCCUUUGUUAUGGACUCGACUCAGAGAGAAAUCGCUUUUCUCGCGCACUAUCUCGGCUACGGCUGGUGUGGAGGAGGUCCGAAUAGCGCCAUCGGUGAAGGUUUUGUACGUGAUGGGGACACACUGCGUUCCGACCUCAACGGAAUUCCUGACGGAUACAUGAAAGAGCAACGCCUCGCCAUGGCAUAUGGCGACUGGGGUUUUUCAAUCAAGGAAAUAACCUAUGGUGAUCCUGUGGUAGAGGAGCUGAAACCCGAGUCUAUUGACAGUGGAGCGAUUUACAACAACGAUGCGACAGAAGUUACCAAGAGCUUUGAAAGAUCAGAGACCUGCGUGCGCAGUGUUACCCACACGACUACAAGCGGUUGGAAAAAAAGCCACGAGUUGGGUCUGACAUUCAGCUACACACCUCCAUCACUAACGGGUGGACCUGGAGGUUCGAUCGCCUACAAAUUUAACUACGAGUCCUCCAAAACCACCACUGACGAGACCAACAACCAACAGUCCAACACGUUUUCCAUCAACUCGUCUAAAACCCUUAGGCCCUACUCGGCGGUCAAGUGGGAUCUCAUGGUGUCCAAGACCAAGACGACCGUCCCUUACACUGCCGUUAUUCUGAUGAAGUUUUCCACCGAACUUCAGGGAUUUCUGAGAUGGGGAGGAGGUCCUGCCAACCCAGGAACCAAUUACCAUUACCAGUUCCGUGGAAGCGGCAAACGCCCAACUUUCAACUUCCGUUUCGGGGAUGGUCAAGUACCUUUCUACACUGCACUGAAACGAAGCAACGAGACCAACAGCAGACCGUGGUUGUGGCGAGACAUGGAACACGCCUACCCAGAUGCCCAAGACCGCAUCAAUGCCUUAAUCAACGAAGAUCGCUUUGUCUUCACACUGACUGGGAGAUUUGAGGAUGUAGUCGGCAAAAAAGUUGAUAUUCACUGGGACACUAUUCCCUUGGUCCUCCAUAAUGCUGAGCAAUGA